AUGGCGAACGCAACCGUGGCGUCCGGCCUCCCCCCGUUGCCGGCUUACGAGGUCCGGCCGAUGCCCGAUCUUCUGCCAUUCGUCUCCGACUUCUGGCUGUCGCUCCUCCUCCCGCCGAUCGCCUACUGGGUCGUGUCAAUGUUCUUCCACAUCAUCGACAUCUACGACCUCUUCCCGCAGUACCGCCUGCACACGCCCGAGGAGAUCACGCAGCGCAAUCUGGCGACGCGCUACGAGGUGGCGCGCGAUGUCCUCAUCCAACAGGCCAUCCAGAUCGCCUGCUCCAUCGUCCUCACGUUGACGGAGCCGGGGCAAACUACGGGAACGCAAGAAUAUGACGUCGCGGUCUGGGCGACCCGCAUCCGGCUGGCACAGCGAGCGCUACCCUCGAUCCUCGGCACGCUCGGGCUCAACGCCGCGGCCAUCUCUAAGAACAUGGCGGCCUCGCACCCGCUGCUGGCGGGGGCACUGGCGGGCGGUCACUACCCAUUCCUUACCACGACCCUCGACGACGACGCCGGCACCGCUGUGCCCGCCUUUGCAACGUGGGAGCUGCUGGUCGCCAAGGCCAUCUACUGGGUCCUGAUUCCCGCCUUCCAGCUCUGGCUUGCCGCUUGCGUCCUCGACACCUGGCAGUACUUCUGGCACCGGGGGAUGCACAUGAACAAGUGGAUGUACACGCACUGGCACUCGCGCCACCACCGCCUGUACGUGCCGUACGCCUACGGCGCGCUCUACAACCACCCGGUCGAGGGCCUCCUGCUGGACACGCUCGGCGCGGGGGUCGCGUACAAGGCGGCCGGGCUCACGCAACGGCUCGGCUUGGUCUUCUUCGUCGGCAGCACCAUCAAGACGGUCGACGACCACUGCGGGUACGCGCUGCCGUGGGACCCGCUGCAGCACAUAACGAGCAACAACGCGGCGUACCACGACAUCCACCACCAGAGCUGGGGCAUCAAGACCAACUUCUCUCAGCCCUUCUUCACCCUCUGGGACCGCGUGCUCGGGACGCGGUGGAAGGGCGACACGAAACUGCGGUACGAGCGGGCGAGGACGCGAGCGGCGGAUAAGGACAAGGCGGGGAACGGUGUUGCGAACGGCGCGGCGAAGGAAGAAUAAGAUAUUUAAGGAGGUCCGGCUUUCGCUUGGGUUUGGGCUUGGCGCGUUUGGGUACAUGAGAUUUGAGCUGCCGGCUUGCAACGCACACACACGCACCUCCCUCGGCCCCCACCUGCCUCCCCCCCCCCCCC